UCUUUCAAGAAAAUAAAUUGUUUCUUGCGACGUUCGCUCCUUCUCUCCAUCAUCUCAGAUUAUCUCUGAAACUCUUUUUUCACUUAUUGUUCAAGAAGAAAAUGGAUAGUUAUUGCCUCGCUCUCAGGCAACAACUCAAAGAAAAGUUCAGGGCCCGACUGAGGAAAGAAACUGGGCCAGGCGCCGCCGUCGCUGGUGGCAAAGACAACGCAGCGCCCGCUGAUAACUACGGAAGCUUUUUUGGGCCUUCGGAGAUCGUCUUCGCUGACAGAGUGAUUCAAGAAACCAUGUCCUGGUUGGAGAACCCAAAUUUUGAACGUGGUCGGAAAUUCAAGAACGUUGGUCGUAAGAAGUCUGCUGAAGCAUCGAAGAUUCCGGAAGAAGUAUUACAGAAGAUGGCUAGAAGGAAAAAAGUUCAGUGCCUGAAAGACGGUCGGGAUUAUUCGUUUUUGUCGUCUGAUUGCGAGAUUCCAGUGCCCGUAAAGAAACCAAACAAAUCCGGACCGCCUGAGAAAAUCCAGGGAGUUCAGGCGAUAAAGAAGAAUUCUCAAAACAGACAGGGUUUUUCGUUCUUGUCGUCUGAUUGUGAAAUUCCAAUACCUCCCAACAUUAAUUCCAGGCAGCCGGAGAAAAUCCAAGGAGUUGAGGCGAUCAAGAAGCCUUCUGAAACGGGUAGGAAGAAUUCCAGGCCAGAGAAAGAUUCACAGGUUCCCAAGUAUUCAAAGAAACCCUCAGAAAAGAAGAUGAAAUCGCUGAUCAGCAAGAAACCACGGGAAACCCCAUGUUCCAAAGCUGAGGGGCGGAAGAGAAAACUGGAUAAGCCACAGGAAGAGGAAGAAAACAUUAACGCUAUUAGCAUUAUCAGAGAGAUGUUUGGAUAUGAUCCCACAAAGUUUUGUGAUGAUGAAGAGGAUGUGGAGAUGGAGGCUACUUUUGAUGAUAUUCAGAAGGAAGAAAGGCGCAGCAUGAGGAUCGGAAAGAAAGAGGACGAUGAAGAACUCAGGAAGACUCUGCAGGAAAGGAAGAAGAAGUCCAAGCUCUGAUCAACUGAUCAUGAACCCAUUCUCUAAAAAUUUUUCUUUUUCUAAAUUGUGAUACAAAAACAUGCAAUGUUCUCAUUUUUUGUCGCCACGUGCACCUUAAAAAAUGUAA